UUAAAGUUCAACCACAGGACUGUAAAAGGGACAAACUGAACCUAAUGGUGAGCUGGGUGGCUAUAAAAAUGAGUUGGUUACUUAUUACAUUCGUGGUUUCGAUUACACUGUAUACUUUCACAACAUGGCGAAAAAACGCCCAAAAAGCUCCUUUACCACCAGGUCCGUCUUUGUUGGAGUCUUUCAAGAUCAUCUGGGGUAUGAUUAAAAAGAACGACAUACAUAUUGUUGGUGAAAAACUGGCUAUUCGCUUUGGAGAAAUAGUGAUCAUUCGUUUUUGGGGAUUGAAUAUCGUGUUUGUCAACAGUGCUCGACUUCUACGAAAAUUGUUGACAAACACCAAGUAUCGGGACAUAACGAAUGAUCGACCGCCUUCCUUUUUAAGAGAACACGCCCUUUAUGGCGGAAAGGAUAUAGCGUUUAGUGACUAUAAUGAAUAUCAAACCAAUUUAAGAAAACUGUUACACGGAGUAGUACAGCUAUAUGGAGAAGGUGUUCAAGAAUUUGAGGAUAUGGUAAAUACAGAACUUGGAAAUCUACAAAAUAAACUGAUGAAGGUUAAACCUGGGCAAUCAAUUGAUAUGGACGGUGCACUGAAAAUUUCAAUUACCAGAAUACUGCAUUUAUUUUUAACAAACGAAAGGCUGAAUGAAGAAAUCCAGGAUGAAUUCUGUUCGAUUGUUGAAAAUUACGAUAAACAUUUUAAUAAUAUACUUAGAUUUGACACAAAUUUGGCGUUGACCCUGCUUCCAUGGCUACGUCAUUUACCGGGGUCAUAUAGAGAACUGGUUCGUGAAUUAAAGAAACAUCAGAAUAAGCUGACCGACUUUUUCCUAAAUCCAUCCAAAACACAGAAAUGGAGACAGAAUGGCAAAUCUCUCCUCGGUACUUUAUUAGCUGAGCAAGUAAAGAACGAUCAGUUUACAGACGAAUCUAUCAAAGGAGUUAUCGUUGAUACGAUUGUUGCUGGCUUUUUAACAACUAGUGGUUUCCUUGGUGGAUUUCUCCUACUGAUGCUCCAUCACCCGGACAUACAACGACGAAUACAGGAGGAAUUGGAUGAGGUUCUUGCAGGAAGACAACCGAGCCUUGCUGAUAGAACAAGUUUGCAUUACACCAAUGCGACAAUUCUGGAAUGUCUUAGGUACAUUCGCCAUGUUCCAGUUUCUCUACCACACUUGAUUAAAGACGAAAUAGAAAUUGAAGGAUAUAGAAUUCCUGCCAAAUCUACGAUGCUACCAAACCAAUGGUACAUGGCUAAAGAUGAAAACCAGUGGGAUUAUCCGGACGUAUUUAACCCAGAUAGAUUUUUAGAUGAAGACAGAAAGUUUGUUCCGGUAACUCAUCAGCUACGACAGCAACUGUUACCAUUUGGCGUUGGAAGAAGACUUUGUAUUGGCGAAUCGUUUGCUAAGUCACGCAUAUUUCUGUAUGUGACGUCAUUGCUACAGAAGUUUAGCUUCCGACCAGAUGACAAUCCACUGGCACCAGAAGACUCCAAAUAUUGGGAAUUGAACGCAGCCAUGCAUCCCCCUUUUCUGAAAUGCUUUAUUGAACAACGAAAAUAACGUCAAGAAUCCGUGUUGUCCUAUUUUAAACACAAUUCAAUAGAGCAGGUUGGGGUAAAGCAAAGCCGUGGACCCACAUAAUGCGAAUCGACUGAAAGCACUAACUUGGCACUUUUAUUUAUCGACUUUGAAUUAAAAUGAAUUUGACGAUCGAUGGUAAUUUCUUAUUAUAAAAACUCAAUAUAUAUGACAUAUGUAAUAAAACUCCUCUUCUAUGAACAUACUGUAAGUGUACUUAAAAUAAA